CUGCAGGAGAGAGACCGAGAAAGGCCAUGGCACCUAAGAAGAAGGCUGCGGCCAAGGGGGGCGAUGAGCCUGACCCGCUUGAGGUAACGACGGACAGAGAAGAAAAGGAAGCGAAGACUGUGACACGUCCUUGCGUGGAUGUUUGCAAUGCGCUCACGCAUGGCCUGCAGGUGUUCCUGAAGGCCUACAGGAAGAAUGUCAAGGAGUAUGAGACACCAAAGAUACCCGAGGUCGAGCGAAUCCUCGCAAAGGUCAGCCGAGGAGCCGCAAAGGGCAGACACACACACGCACCAGUGGUUGUUUUGACGCAUGUGGCGUGUGUGCAGAUUCAGGAGGAUGGUGAGCCCGUCGCUGGGUGGAACUUCCGCGAGGAGAUCGACCCCAUGGCGUUCAGAGUCCUCAUGCACACACUCCACCAGACCAACUACCCCGUGCGCAGGACACACAGACAGACAGACACACACACACACAGACACACAGAGAGGCAGACAGGACACAGAGAGGCAGACAGGCAGACAUACAAACAUAAACGCCUUUCUGCACUGCACACAUGCAUCGUACACGCAGGGCAUCCGUGCGUUGCGCCUUUGGCGGUGUCGCGGUGGUGACGAGUUUGUGCGGAGCAUCUGCUACUACCUCGACGCCAUCCCAUCGCCUAACGUGGAGGAGCUGCAGUUCGUCGACACUAACAUGACGCCACUCGGGUGCGACUUCGUCGGCCGCACACUCUGCCGGACGGGCAACGCAAAGAUCACCUUCUUGCGGCUGGACUUCAACAAGAUCGGCAGCGAGGGCGCUGAGGCGCUCGCAAAGGGGCUGGCCGAGAAUGCCAGCAUCAAACAUUUGUCUCUGCAGGUGAGGGAGGACUGUGUGUCCCCCUCCUGCGUAGUCUUUCUCUGUGUGGUGUGGUGUGUGUUUAGUAUUGCGGGAUAACGUCGAAUGGAGGUGUGGCGCUGUCGCAGAUGCUGAUGUAUGUCCGGUCUGCCUUGACGGAGGUGCUGCUGAGGGGCAACGAGCUCGGCAGGGAAGGCGCCAUUGAUGUAAGGACGUCACGUCAGCAGACUGCAUAAGAUAAAUGAGACAUGGGCAGACGGAGAAACGGUCUCUCCUUCAUUGUGCAGGUGCUGCGUGGCGCUCGUCGUGCGCAGCGUCUCAAGUGUUUGGAUCUGUCGGACAACAAGUUCGGCGACAGCGAUGACGUCCUCGACAACCUGCUCUACCUCUUUGUCAACCACACGGUGUGUCGAUCCAUCCUUCUCUUGGAUAUAUGGUGAUUGAUUGUGUGUUUGUGUGCGAUCGAGCUGCCCAGGGCAUAGAGGAGUAUCGACUGCUGGGCAACUCGAUCACAGAUGCGGGUGCCGAGCGGCUGCUGCAGGGCAUUGUCGGCAACACGCACCUCAAAACAAUCAUGCUGCCAGAACGGUGUGUCUGCCUGCCUGCAUACAGCCUGUCAAUCAAAGUCUCUCUCUGCGUGUGUAUCAUCCCCCCAUGUGUGAUGUGUGUGGUUCAAGCAGGAUAUCGAAGCAGACGUUGGAGGCGAUCUCUCAGUCGCUGGGUGGGGGCGGCAAGGGCGGCAAGAAGAAAAAGGGCGGCAGAAAGAAGAAAUGAUGGGCUGGGAUGGGCUGCGUGAGUGGACGGAGUGUGUAUAAAGUACAUGUGUGUACAGACACACACACACAGACCUUGGAUGGAUGGACGGAUGGAUGGGCGUACAUGCAUACAUACAUACAUAAAAAGUGCUGAGACGCCAUCCGAU